GUUACUUAAAAGCAUCAAAAGACGUGGCAUCUUCUGACGUAUCAGCUGCACAUUAUAACCGUGCUCCGGCACUCAGCUAGCCCUCCUCUACCACCACUAGCAAAAAUUAUGAGUGAGAGAUUAAAGAUCAGAACCCCUAAAUCCCCAAAUUCCAGCAAACUUCCCCGCAUGAUGGCGCGAAAAUCCUCUCUAUUAAAACAAACCCUUAUUUUCUCUGCAUGCACAAUCCUCAUCAUCUACGCUUUCUUCAACACCUUCCUCAGCUCAUCCACAGCCGCCGCCGCUACCGGUAUCUCCUCCACAACUUCAUCUCUCUUCGCCGAGCAAAUUUCUCGAGAAAAUUUCCAAGAAUUUCCCGAGAAAGCGACGGAAAAUGAGAAGAAAGUUAGAGUUUUCAUGUAUGAUCUGCCCAAGAAGUUCACUACUGGAAUCAUCGAGAAUCAUGCGUUGGCGCGUGGCUCUUCUGACUUGUCUAAGGUGAGUUACCCGGGUCACCAACACAUGGGUGAAUGGUACAUGUAUUUGGAUCUUUCCCGACCCGAUUUGGACCGGGUUGGGUCACCUGUGGUGAAAGCCAAUGACCCGGAGGAGGCUGACUUGUUUUAUGUUCCGGUGUUUUCUUCUCUCAGUUUGAUAGUGAAUCCAGCUCGGGUCGGGACAGUACCCGGGACGGAUCCGGUUUAUAGUGAUGAGAAGAUGCAAGAAGAGCUGGUGGAGUGGUUAGAGGAGCAGGAGUAUUGGAGGAGGAAUAAUGGGAGGGAUCAUGUGAUUUUUGCUGGGGAUCCGAAUGCACUUUAUCGGGUCUUGGACCGGGUCAAGAAUGCGGUUUUGUUAUUGUCAGAUUUCGGGCGGGUUAGAAGUGAUCAAGGGUCCUUGAUUAAGGAUGUCAUCGUGCCUUACUCGCAUAGGAUUAAUGUCUAUAAUGGCGAUAUUGGCGUGGAGGAGAGGAAAACGCUCUUGUUUUUCAUGGGCAAUCGGUACCGGAAAGAUGGUGGAAAAAUUCGUGAUCUGCUUUUUCAAAUGCUUGAGAAAGAAGAGGAUGUUGUAAUAAGGCAUGGCACACAAUCUAGGGAGAAUCGACGCACAGCUACACGUGGCAUGCAUACUUCAAAGUUCUGUUUGAAUCCUGCUGGUGAUACUCCUUCAGCUUGCCGACUAUUUGAUUCCAUUGUUAGUUUGUGUGUUCCAUUGAUAGUCAGUGAUAGCAUUGAGUUACCUUUUGAAGAUGUCAUAGACUACAGAAAGAUUGCAAUUUUUGUGGACACUGAGUCUUCUCUAAAGCCAGGAUAUUUAGUUAGAACGCUGAGAGCAGUAUCCACUGAGAAAAUUCUGGAAUAUCAGAAAGAGAUGAGAGAGGUGAGGCGAUAUUUUGUGUACAGUGAUUCAAAUGGAACUGUGAAUGAAAUAUGGCGUGAAGUAGCACAAAAACUGCCUCUUAUUCAACUGAUGAUUAAUCGUGACAAACGGCUUGUUAAGAAGGAUUCUACUGAACCAGACUGUUCUUGUCUAUGUACAAACCAGAGUGCACUGAUCACAUCCUUGUGAUACCAAGUUCGUCUUGAAGCAAAUGCAAAAGCUUAGUUCAUAUGUAUCCAGAUGUUCUCGGGGAAAGGCUCUUUCUUAGGUCCAGAAGAAUGACAAAUGUUAACGCAUAGCUUUUAUUGUCUGAAGUAGAAGGAAGGAGCCCCCUGCUCCUUGAACACGUUUGUUUUAACAGUGCACAAAGGUGAGGAAACCAUCUUGUUAGAGAGAAUUGCUCCUUGGAUAGGUUGGUUGUAACUAUGCACCAAGGUGAUGAAUCGUGAAAUUGUUUUCUCAG